AUGGACAUUCACCGAUCGCGCUUCGUGCCAUUCCCACCUUCCGCGAUUAAUGCGCUCGCUUUCUCUCAUACCGAACCCACUCUUGGAAACAAAGAUCCUGAGGGUCUGAGACUUGCUGUCGGACGGGCGAAUGGAAACAUUGAAAUCUGGAACCCAGCGAACGGCGCAUGGCAACAGGAACAGGUGUUUUAUGGAGGCAAGGAUCGCAGCGUCGAAGGCCUGGCAUGGACGCAAGAGCCGGACAUAAAAGAUAGCAAGGGCAGAACAACGCCAGGAAGGUUGCGCCUGUUCAGCAUUGGGUAUUCCAACAGUGUUACGGAAUGGGACGUCGCCACGGGUCUGCCUGCCAGGCAUUCAGAUGGCAACAAUAGUGAGGUGUGGUGUUUCGCAGCCCAGCCGAAGUUCUCCAAGUACGCCAAAGGACCCGAAGCAGAGGAGGAUACGCCCCAGAAGCUAGUCGCAGGCUGCGCAGACGGAACUUUGGUGCUCCUCUCGACCGCAGACAACGAUUUGAGGUUCGAAAAAUUCGUCGCGCGGUCAAUGGUCAAGAAAGCCCGAGUACUGAGUGUCACGUUUAAAGACCGGAGGACCGUCAUCGCCGGCUUCGCCGAUAGCACAAUACGGGUCUAUGACACAAGGAACGGCUUUGUGAUCAGGAAUAUUUCACUCGGCAACAGAGGUCCUGGGGGCCCGCGCGAGACCCUGGUCUGGAAAGUGAGGACAUUGCCAAAUGGUGGCUUCGUAUCCGGCGAUUCCAAUGGAGACAUCUGCAUUUAUGACGGCAAGAACUACAGCCAAACACAACGCAUAUCGGCCCACGAAGCGGACGUACUCGACCUUGCAGUGUCUCGCGACGGAACCAAGAUAUUCAGCGGGGGUAUGGAUUGCCGGACGAGCUACUACACGUGCAAUCAGCGCGGAAAGUGGCGCGAAGUAUCUCACCAGAGAUAUCACGACCACGACGUAAAGGCAAUGGCUGCAUAUGAUGGGGCAGGUCUUAGUGUCGCAGUGUCCGGAGGCAUUGAUACCCAGCCUAUUGUUCUUCCCAUCCGAAAUUUUGGGAAGGAACUUAGCCGUGGUCUUCCUGCUCUACCCCAGUCACCAUCAUUGCUAAGUGCUCCCGAUGCCCGCCUUAUGGUCAGCUGGUGGAAUUGUGAGAUCCGUGUAUGGAGGGUCAAGGCCCAGGAUGACAAUGUCGAAAAGCCAAAAGUUGUCGCCCGUUUGGCUUUGCAAGGCGACGAGAAUAUUUCAUCAGUCAGCAUUACGCGAGAUGGUGGGCUUUUGGCAGUCUCCACGGUAAGAGAAGUCAAGCUUUUCCAAUUGCUCGAAACAAACACAGAAGCAGGCUCAGGCCUCCGCAUCAGGAAGCUUGAGCUACCUUCGUCCUUGGGUGCAAAACUUGUGAGAUUUACACCAGACGGCAAGUGGCUAGCUAUUAUCAACGUGGCGAACGAGGUGUCUAUGUUACGUAUCGUUCGAACCGAAGACGAGCGACCGCGAGCUCUCCACAAACCCCUCCAUCUAUACCGACUAGAUAGGGACGAUGACCCAUUAGAUCCUCUCAGCAGCCCCUCCGGCUUGUACAGCAGGUCCAUAUCGCAGGCCGAAUUUUCUCAGGAUGGGUCGGUCUUUGCUGUAGCUGAUAUAGCAGGCUACGUAGACACAUGGGUUACAGAAGGACACGAGGAUGUUACUGCGCCUGAAGUUGACGUGUCUGAAAACGACGCUGCACCUGUUGACGAUGAUGAUUCUGAGGAUGAGGAAGGUCCGCAGGAGCGAAUUACAUUUCUCGGUCAGCGGUGGGUACGUAACCCAUCUGCGCAUCUGUUUCCACGUUUCAGAUCCGCACCCGCUUUGCUAUCAUUCGAACCCACGUCGGUCAGUAAUUCCCGGCCCGAGCCCCGAGGCAACCCAGCGGUGCAUCCCACACGAGGCAAUCCCCACCCGCAUUCGCACGAGAUACCAGAUACAGAACAUCGCCUCCUAGUGGUGUCUGCCGACCAGGAACUGUAUCUUUUUGACGUUCUAGCCGGUCGCUUGUCAGAGUGGAGCAGACGAAACCCGCCAUCCAGCUAUCCAGCGCAGUACCGAAUCCUAAAGUCUCCGGCCAAAGGGUGCAUUUGGGAUGCCAUUCAGCGACGCGUAUGGCUGUAUGGGGAGGGGUGGUUAUUUAUGUUUGACUUGAACAAAGACCUCCCCAUCCCGGAGUCUAUCGAGACGCAAGAUUCGAUCAAUGGGGAGGAGUCGGAUAGCAAGGCGUCAAAGAAGCGUAAGAGGGAAGGCGCAAGUAGGGGUGUCAAUGGUGCAGGUGAUGCGGUGCCCGAGAAGGAUGCGCCGGUAACGAAGAUGCGGCGAUUUGACAGCGCAGAGGACGACGAGUCGAAAACACUAACAGAGAUCGGUUUACACGAUGCACAGAUGGGCGACUCUGACAACGAAAUGGACGGUGAACAAGGAGCUUUGGUUAGUCUUCGAAGAUCACGAGAAGAGGUUGACGCAACGAAUGGAGCAAACGAUGAUGUGGCACAAGACACAGAUGGCGCCCUGGAACAACAAAGACGCACACCGGAGCCUUGGUGGCACACGUUUCAGUACCGACCUAUACUAGGAAUAGUACCCAUAGGGAAAGAAGGCCAACCGCUCGAAGUAGUCCUUGUGGAGAGGCCUUCGUGGGAACUGGACCUUCCCCCACGCUUCGUAGGCGCACACGAAUAA